AUGACAUCAGAACUCACACUUUACAAACGUCCUGGUUAUGGCGACGAAGGGAGGACAGGUUCCAGAGACCGCCAGACUAAAAUAUUAGCAAAUAUGUUCGAAAUCGAAACAAAGGACAUGACGUUUCACCAGUAUGUAAUAGAAAUUAGACGCUAUACCUCUGCGGGUGUACCUGCUACGUUAGUAACUAUUGGUAGUUCUGGCCGAAAACAUGGUCGACAUAUCUUCGCCGCCUUCCAUAAAAAAAAUAAAGAGGUUUACUUUUCUGGUGUGGAGGGCGUAGCAUUCGACGGAGAUUCCAGCCUUUUCACAACUGGUAAACUUACGCUCGACAGCAAUAAUCAAAUAAGCCAACCUGUCGAGGUUGAAAAUGAUGGCAAGUACUAUGUAAAAAUCAGAGAAAACACUGACAAACCAACAAUCUCAAUGGACGAUCUUAAAGGAGUCUUGACAGGAGAUACAUUUGAGUCGGGCCUCUUCAACAAUCGCAUGUUGAAUGCUUUAGGUGCAUUUCUACAAUACAAUCCUUGUCUUAAACUUAUUCAGUUUUUUGGAAAUUAUUUCUACGUACCUGAAACGAUAAGAUUACUCGGAAAAGGUGCAGCGAUGUUACAAGGAUAUGGCCUUCAUGUUCGUCCAGGAGAAGGAGACGGAAGAGGAAGGAAGUUAUUUCUGAACGUGAAUGUGACUUAUACCCCCAUUGUCGAGCCGAUCGAUCUAUGCAAGUUAAUUUGCAAGUUUCUUGACACACAGACUUUACCGAACUUAUUCAGACGCGACAUAACUUCACGUCUAAACAGGGCUUUCCAACACAAUUUCCGAUACGUCAAAUUUAAAUUACUGCAUCGUCCAGAAUCUCAGGUCGAAAUGACUAUCGAAAGGUUAAGUGAUCUACCUGCGGCCGAAAUCAUGUUUGUCAAUCCAGAACUUGGGAGGGAAGAGAGUAUGAAGGAUUAUUUCGCACGUAAACACAACAUAAAUCUUACUACACCAUAUGUCGCAGAGGGUAGAAGACUCAAAUGUCCUAUUGAAUGCCUCAGCGUCGUUGAGGGACAACGCUAUUAUAAUUGCAAGCAACUAAAUAGCAACCAACGUGCUGAAAUAAGCAGGAUUACUUCUAAACGUCCUGCGGAAAACGUACAAUUUAUGCUAAACAGUGUCCGUGACGUGUUAUCAUUUAGCGACGAACUACUCCAGCAUGCCGGAAUCAGACUCAAUACACAAAUGGCUAAUGUACCCGGCCGCUUCAUAAACAUUCCAGAAGUUUCAUACUCUGCUUCAUCUAAACAUUGCGCACAAGUUAAACCAAAAGAUUGGGAUGCAACUUGGAAUCUCCGUGACGUGAAAUACCUUCACCCUGGCGAUACUCUAAAAGAAUGGAUUGCUAUUUCAUUAACACAAGCCGUUUCUCCAGAUAACAUUAAUACGUUUAUGAAUGAUCUAGUCCGACAAGCUAGAACUCAAGGCAUGGACAUUACUGGUGAUUUUAUGCCACCCAAGUACAUUCAGUGGCAAGUUGAACAAGCUCGCGAUGAGAUUGUCAACGCGGUAGAGGACGCCAAGAAGGCAGCAAAAAACCUACAAUUGGUCGUAUUCUUUAUCGACCAUGGUAAACAUCACAUGAAUAAAAAGCAAUACAAUCUUGUCAAAGAAGUCAUGGAUACUCAUAUUGGUAUUUUGUCUCAAUGUGUACAAUCACAGCUUGUUAAACGCUGCAAUACACACUAUCUUGCGAAUAUUACUGCAAAACUAAAUUUGAAACUCAACGGGACCAAUUCUGCUGUUAGUCUCCCACGAAUCGAUGACCAACGAACCAUGGUCAUGGGCGCAGACGUUACUCAUCCUCCGCCGGGAACAACUGCUUUUCCAACAAUCGCAGCAGUAGUUGGAUCUAUCGAUAGAUAUGCUGCCCGGUACGCCGAGAGACAUAUGGAACAGCUUAGGGGAGACGAAAUCUAUGAUAUGGAAGAACUGACGUACCAGCUCUUGCGUGAAUUCGUACGAACAAACAAGGGACCGCCCGCGAGCAUCAUCGUGUACAGAGACGGUAUUAGCGAAAGUCAGUUCAAACCGCUGGCAUUGGAUAAGGAACUUACUAAUAUCAAAAAGGCCUGCGCUAGACUGAAUCCCGAAUAUAAACCAAAAAUCUCAUAUAUUGUUGUCACCAAGAGACACACCAACCGAUUCUAUCCUAUAGACAAACAAGAUGCCGACAAAAGAGGAAACGUGAAACCCGGUCUAGUUGUCGAGCGAGUAAUUACGCAUCCCUAUCUUUUUAAUUUCUACCUCACCUCUCACUCUAGUACUCAAGGGACAUCGCGUCCAAGUCUAUAUUACGUCCUGUAUGAUGAAAAUCAAUUUGAAGUAGAUGAACUUCAGGACUUUACGAACAAACUCUGUUAUAACUUUCAACGGGCGACCAGAGCAGUUGCUAUUCCUGCACCGGCUUAUUAUGCGCAUUAUGCAGCAAAAAGGGCGCGAUCUCAUUCUCUUGACGGCCAGUUUAAGAUGACCAAAUCUGAGUUUGCUCAGAAAUAUCCCAUGUAUUAUGUGUAA